AUGUUAGGCCAAGAUCAUAAUAUGAGGAUGAGAUCUCUCGAUCCAUCUCCUCAAGUUUACUCCCACUCGAGAUCAAGAACCUCUUCCUCCAGCGUAUUCCCCCAAGCUUUCAACCCAAUGCAGCACCUGCAACAGCCGCAGCCCCCUAUGGGACACACACGGCGAUCCCCCUCCGUGAACACUUUCAGCACAACUUCGAGCAACACCCCACCUGCCGCAUACCGAACGUCGCCUACCGCCGAUAUUCGACGUAGCACGUCCUCGAGAUCAGGCGGUGGCGGCGCUCCGACGAGCUAUGUCGCCCUGCUUCGAAAGCAAAAAGCCACCGUCUGGUGCGAUCGGUCACAAACAGAAGACCCGCGACUCCUGGCUCAGCAGCGUUUAGCGAAGCAAAGGGCCAAUCAAGAAGUUAUCGGCGGUACGAUGCAAAGCCGUACCUCGACUGGGAUAGGAAGCACUGGCGGCAAGGUUGCCGCUAAGAUCCGCCAUCACGGCAAGCCCGGUGUUGUAGGAUAUACACCCGAUAGCAAUUAUAUGGGAGUUACUGGAGUACCCAUGCGAUUGAGCGCUACCGAAGUCGAGGGCGAAGACGGUGACGAGGAUGAUCUGUCAAUGCGUCGCCUGUAUCACCGUAGGACGGGUAGCAGCGGGCGCAGUAGUACCGCCAGCAGCAGACGGGGCCUCACGUAUCGUACUUCCGGCGCUUCUCAGCACAGCAAGAGAUGGAGCCCUGGCGACACUCCGGAACGGGCGGGCAGUAUGGUUAUCGAGGAUCUCGAGUAUACUCCUGGUGAUGAUAAGCUAGGGGGCCGACCGCAGAGCACUCGCAGCGGGAGUAGCGCAGAGAAAGCCGAUGCUCUACCCGAGCUUGGAGGCGCUAGCAAUACCAAACUGGCGAGCAAUAGCAUGAUGAACGCCGCACUCACGAGAGAGAAGAGCGUCAAGAACCCUGAGGAUCUUCGACGCCGCGGUAGUGUAGACGAGCGGACGAUGACUCUUACAAGCGGGCGACUAUUCAUUGCGAACCCCGACUAA